GUCUACAGGAGGAGGACUUCCUGGACCUCCUGAGGUCCAUCUUCCCCCUGUUGGCUCACGGUGAACCUUUUGAGCUCUUUGUAACAUCUACAAGCAGAAAACUUGAGCCUCUGAGAGUUAAACCUGUGACUCCAGAGGAGAUCCACAGGACCAUAACAUCCAGCGGGAACAAAGCACUCUAUAUCCAGCUGAAGAAAAAAGAAGAGGACCAAAAGACUGAAGACCCUCAUGGUUCACCCAGAACCACAGACCCUCCAGCUCCUGAUACUGAAACUGAGCUUCAAACCAGCUCUGUUGAAGGUGUAGACAAAACCAAAAGAAGAAGAAAUCCAUUGAAUGGCUCAACGUCACAAGAACAGGACCUGGAAACCGAUGAGGAGGAAACAGGGAACAACAUGGACUCCUGCAACGACACAGAGUUUGAUCCAGGCUUUGAACAACAGAUACCUAACAAAACUAGAAGAGGGAAGCAUAAGAAGAGGACAGAUAAGACAGAGAGAAGUAGAGAGUCUUGUAAAGUAUGUGGAACCUGGUACUUUAAUCUGGGGGCUUUAAUCAGACACGUUUGGACUCACGUGGAUGAGAAGCAGGAUGUUUGUGGCAUCUGUGGAGAGAAAUCUGAAUUUGAGGAAAAGUUAAAGGAACAUCUCGAAAAUCACCAAGAGGUUCACAGAUGUUCUGACUGUGGGAAGAUUUUUGUCAAAGAAAUUAGUCUGAAGAGACACAUGAGGAAACACACAGGUCAGUUUAAAUGUAACAUUUGUAACAAAACCUUCACUCUGAAGUCUGUUCUGGAUGAUCAUCAAUGGGUUCAUGAGGAAAAUAAACCUCUUAAAUGUGACGUUUGUAUGAAAACAUUUGGUGUGGAGUUACAUCUUAAAACUCACAUGAAGAUACACACCAAGGAAAACAAAUACAUCUGUGACAUCUGUGAGAGAUGUUUUGAUAAUCGCAGCACGAUGACCCAACACCGAGCUGUCCACUUUGAGGAACGGCGCCUGGUCUGUAAAGUCUGUGGGAAACGGUUUAAAUUUCACAGCUGUCUGAGGACUCACAUGAAGAUCCACACAGACAAAGAUAGAUCGUUUCUCUGCCACAUCUGCUCAAAAACCUUCAGAUUAGAAUCAAUAUUAUUAAAACAUCUGAAGAUCCACGGUGGGGAGAAACCAUAUGUCUGUGACGUGUGCGGUAAAAGAUUUAUGUUCAGUGGAAACCUGAAAACACACAUGGCAGUCCACAGCAAUGAGACACCAUAUAAAUGUUCAGAGUGUGGACGUCUCUUCAAACUCAAGUACAAGCUGAAACUUCACAUGUUCCUCCACUCAGGAGUCAAAAACUUUGUCUGUAGGGUCUGUGGGAAAGCCUGCUCUCGACAGGGAUACCUGCGAGUCCACAUGAGGACCCACAAUGGAGAGAAACCCUACAAGUGCACCCUCUGUGACAAAGCCUUCACCCAGAGCCACUGUCUGAAGACACACAUGAAGAGCCACCAGACUGAAGAAAACCCAGUCCCUGAUACCCAAACCAAAGAAAACCCAGUCCCUGAUACCCAAACCAAAGAAAACCCAGUCCCUGAUACCCAGACCAAAGACAACCCAGUCCCAGGUCCAUCAGAGUCCUUCAUUACUCUGUACGCUGAACCUCCACAACAAACUCUUUUUGAUGAGGAGCAGCAACUGUUCUCUGAGCUCGUCUCAGACGGCUGAGCUCCUCACACUGAGUCUGUAACAAAUUUCUACCUCUUUCUCUAUCAAAUGACUGAUGCCACAGCUGAUAAAGUAUUAAUAUUAAUACAGCAUUACUUCACAAAUAACCAGAAUAUCUCUUUACUGUUAGUAGGUGUACGSGUCACCUCGAGUCAAAUUAUCAAGGAACUGUCUUGGACUCUCAGUCCUCUGAUGAGCCUUCGAAUGGAUAAAAACUCUGUUCCUUUGUUCUGGUUUUGAUGUGUGCAUGAGUGCUGACAUUGUUCAGUUCUGUMGAACUGUGUCUGAUUUGAAGGCUUUUGCCUUUCAUGUUGGAUGGGGUCUGCUUGUGGUGACCCCCCUUUUUGUGUGAGAUUGUUGUUCUCAGAUUGAGGAGAAUUAGUGUGUUUUAAGCAUUAAGUUUUUGAUUUGUUCAUCUUUUUCAGCGAGUUUUUUUGUAACUCCUGGUUUUGCUGUUUUAAAUCAUGGUCUUGUAGUUCAGGAUCAUCCUCAUACUGCCGUAUGAGGUUUCUGUUUUCUUCCAUUGUUUCAGUGUGUUGAAAACAUGUGAUUGUCAUUUGUGCUAUUUUUAGCUGUCCAUCAUGGAUUGCUGUUUUAGCUUGUAUGAGGUCCUGCGUUCUAGCUUCUUUUCCAGUUUGCACUUCCUCUUUUAGUUUGUUUAUUUGGGCUUCCUGUUUGUUUAUUUUGAACUUUUUUGCUCUUAAACAAAGAUUAGCUUUCUUUAACUGAACUGUGGUCAGCCUUAGCUUAGCUUCCAUCAGGUAUGUUAAUUUUGCUAGCAUUUUUGACUAUUGUCAUCGUUUAGCACUUCUUGGGCUAACUGUGACGUUUGAUUCAUGAGGUCCUCAAUGUUUAUUUUUUCCAUUUUCCUUUGAAAACCUGGAAACAUCGUGUUGGACAGUUCGUACAUAACUGUCUCAAGUGUAUUCUCAGAGGCURGUCCCUCUGUUUCAGAACUGGACAUAUAUGAAUAUGAGUCUGAAUCCAUUCUGCAAUUAAAUGGAUUAUUUUAUUUAAUAGUAGUUGCUAUGGCAAUAUUUAUUUAACAAAGACAGAAAUGCGUGGUCCAAGA